CUUGAGAACAUGUUUCUUCUGUUCUUCUUUGUUGGGUCACUCCAAGCUGUGUGCCCUCCCGGCUGGUUGGCUUGGCAGGACUCCUGCUACAUUUUUAUGCCACAUUCCAUGUAUUGGAAUCAAGCUGAGGAAACAUGUGGACGACUCGGAGCAAACCUGGUCGUCCCAAACUCAAAAAUAGAACAUGAUUUUGUUUGGCAGAAAUUUAGCAUACAUUUGGGAAUGUUAGACAUCGAGGCUAAGCGUAUGAAACUGUGGAUCGGAUGCGAGAUGACUAGUGGGAACCUCACAUGCAUUGGAGUGGACGGCGAUCCUGCUUACGAGAAUUGGGAGACGGGUCAACCUGAUUCGCAAGACGGAUGCGUUCGGAUAUCCGACAAGACUGAUAAUGAUGGUAAAUGGAGAAUCACACAAUGCGGCGUCAGCAGAUAUGCUGCCUGUGAAAUGGCAGUUCCCUGCGGCCGGGCUGCUAUGAAAUUCAGCCUCGUACCACAAAGCUGUCUGUUCAACCAUCUGAUCAAGAGCUACCCGGUCAAGGAGUCCAUUGGGUGUGGUCUGGCGUGCUGGGCAGAGCCUCUUUGCCGCUCCUUCAAUCUCUGGAGACAAGCUGGUGACUCCAAGAUGUGUCAGCUCAACAAUGCGACCCUUCUUGAUGCUGAUGACGUCACUGAUAUCAAGAAUGAAGAUAACUGCUUCUUCUAUGAGUGACAAUCAUACCUCAACGGCGGAAACAAACUUACACCGUUAAGAUGACAAUUCUUACGUAAUAACUGAUGUAGUGUUUAUCACUUUUCGAAUUUGCCAUUAUGGAUUCAGCUCUAAGUGCAGUAAAAACAUUAUUAUCAAAAUGUUGAAUUUUGAACUUUGUCUUUAAAAUUUGAAUCUAGUAAGAGUUGGCGGAACGAGUUCUCCAAAUCGCACCGAAUUAACUUUUUAAAUGGACUGAAUACGUAGAUUACGUCGGCUCUUUAUUUAGAUGUCUAAUGAAAACCAAUGAAAUUCUUGCUAGCGUCAUGAAUCCGAGGUAAUGAAACUUGGUUCACUGAGUUCUGUCGAGGGGAGGUUGGACCAAUCACCCACCGUGCCCCAGUUCGAUUUCUGGGUGUGUAUUUAUUACUCCUACAUGAAAUGUUCAGUUUUAUCUUAACUUUGAUGAUCAGUUGAACAAAAUUCAGACUUUGUUUAAAGUUUGGUCCGGGUCCAGGAGUGACCUGACUCCAAUUUUCACAAUGUGUAUAGUUUUUAACGGGAAUGUGAUUUCGCUCCCAACGACCAUGGUUUAGAAAGCUGGUGUUAAACGGGCUAUAGUGACGAGACCCCCAACCGUAAGUCGCCCCCUGCAAAGUCUCCCCUACCGGCUCGCCCCGGGUUGUUACCGAGCCGGUUAGGGUGGAUUUUGUUUGAGGCGAGCAUUCGCGAGACCAACGCCCUUGAGCCGUCUGCAACAGUCUUUAUGGAAGUUGUGAAUUGUUGUAAAAAAAAAAAAAAAAACGGUCGAUUACGUCACAUUUGAAAUAGAUGGUACAUUUUUGUACUCCGAAUUGACUGGUGCAAAAAUUCGUCAUGGGAAGAUCUGUUUUGUUUGUGAAAAAUCACGUGAGCCUCUUUUCGUGACGUCA